GACUGCCUCCCAAACCACACUAAUCUCAUGGUGGUGAGAUUUUCCUCUCAAAACUGCAAAUUCUCCACCAGUCCUAUGUAUCACCUUUCGUAUCCUGAAUAGAGAUAAAGCUAUUGACCUAAACUCACGCACCACAAAAUUUUUCUUGCACAUUUUUAUCAAGAGGUUGAAAAUGGUCAUAAGAACAUCAUUUCCUCUGUCACAUGUAUCUUUCUACUCUUCAAAUCUUGUAGUUCUUGUUUGCAUUACCUUCUUUUGCAUCUACUUUGUGAAAAAAUAUCAAAAUGGUAAGGGUCUCUAAUCUGCUUGCAUUUGGUAGUUAUGAGCUUGGGAGGAUCUGCGACAGAAGAAGAUGGAGACCUAAUAGCUAAAUUAUUUGGAUCAGUUGGCAAGUUGUGGAGAGCCGAUGAGAAAUUGUUUGAUGCAAUCACUGGUCUGAGUGGUAGUGGCCCAGCAUUUAUAUACUUAGCUAUAGAAGCUUUGGCUGAUGGAGGAGUGGCUGCAGGUCUACCACGAGCACUUGCACUGGGUCUAGCUUCUCAAACUGUAUUAGGAGCAGCAUCGAUGGUCACCAAAACUGGGGAGCAUCCAGGUAAGCUUAAAGAUGAUGUUGCAUCACCUGGUGGGACUACAAUUGCUGGUAUUCAUGAGUUGGAGAAAGGCGGAUUCCGUGGAACUUUGAUGAAUGCGGUUAUUGCUGCUGCUAAGCGCAGCCGAGAACUUUCCCAAAGCUAGUCAUAUCAAUUUAUUCUUUGUCUAUUCUGGUAAUGCUGUUAGGACAAUGGAAUCUGCCUGUCUAUUUUAUUUAUUUGCUUUAACUUUGAAUAGGUGAGCUCCUGGCCCUUCUUUUCGUGGCUUAUGGCUGUAUACAAUUUUCAGCUUAUUAACUGU